CAGGCCUCAGGCACCUCCAGAGCUGCCCCUCAGCCCUGGGAGGGGACUGGGGCCAUGGGAGGAAGCAGGCAAGGCAGAGAUUCCCAGUCCGGUGAAAUACUAGUGAGUCACACUGGGUGGCUCCACAGGCCGGCCCAGCCCACAUUCCCGGGUCUUUGUUCCCAGCCAUCUGGGCCCAGCCUUAAAGGGCCAGCUCCUAGAAGCAGCAGAGAAGGCCACCCUGCCCAUCACCCAACCUGCCACCUCCACCGUCCUCUUGUUGGGUUGCUCCUCAUCUCUGGCCUGGGAACCCUGACCCCAGCAGAAGCCAGCCCAUCAACCUGAACCAUUAUGCCACCAAGAAGAGCAUGGCAGAGAGCAUGCUGGAUGUGGCUCUCUUCAUGUCCAAUGCCAUGCGGCUGAAGACGGUGCUGGAGCAGGGGCCAUCCUCUCAAUACUAUGUUACCCUCAUCACCCUCAUCAGCAUCUCUCUGCUCCUGCAGGUCAUCAUUGGAAUCCUCCUGGUGGUCAUUGCACGGCUGAACCUCAAUGAGGUAGAAAAGCAGUGGCGACUAAACCAGCUCAACAAUGCUGCCACCAUCUUGGUCUUCAUCACUGUUGUCAUCAACAUCUUCAUUACAGCCUUCGGGGCACAUAAGACAGGGUUCCUGGCUGCCAGGAGCUCAAGGGACCCUCUCUGAACUCAGCUGGGACCCAGGUACUGGGCCUGGAGCUGCUUCCACCGCUUCCUCCCUGAUCUGCCAGGCUGAUGGGCACUUCCUGCAGCUCCCAGGAGUGCCUGAAAAGGCAGUGUUGAUGCUUGCUUCCUACCCACAGCACCUGAAUGAAGAGGGGGCUGUUAUACUGGUCUAAGUGAAUUGCAUCUUGGUCUAGAGCCUUGAGCUCAGACUGGGGCAGUGCCAACCCUCCCUCCCGUAGCGCCUGCCCCUGAGGCAGUCUGCCUAGGGCCCAGUCCCACCAGCUUUGGGACUCCGGUUCUGACUACUCCAUUCCUUCCCUUUGUCCCAUCCAUUCCCAGGUAAGAUGGGAUAAUUUCUAUCUAUAAAAGUUUCUGCAACUCUACUGAAGUCAUUUUUUAUGUCUGUAGUUGCAUCUGAGCUGCCGUCUCCAUCUGUGUCCUUGGAAGGGUCUGAAGGAGGAGACUCCAAGCCUGGAUGGAGAGAAA